AUGGACAUUAUCUCUACAGAGUAUCUUAUUAAGAGGAUAAGAACUAGUUCAGCUUACUUUUAUUUUUCAUUAUUUUAGUUAGUACUUUGCAUAACUGUGCUAACAUAUGUACUUACAGAUCCUUAUAAUCACUUACAAAAUCCUCUUGUUUUAUGGUUAGAAGCAAUAAUAGCAAUUAUCAUUUUAGUUGACAUUAUUAUCCGUAUUGUAGCUGAAAAAAGAAUGUAUUUUUAAAGUGGUUGGAACAUUUUCGACUUAGUAAGUUUUAUAGUAAUCGUAAUAGUGCUUUCAAUAUUUUACUCUGCAGAGCUUAAUUCAGAACUAACUGAGGAUGAAGAAAAUGAAGACAUAAUAGGUUUAGUUUUGAUUGCUAUAAGAUAUAUUGUUUAGAUAAUUAGAAUAAUUUUAAUGAUUAGAAAGUCUCAUCAAACAAGAUAAAUUCACUAAAAUGCAGCUCAAGACUUUAACCUGUAAUCUUCAAUAGAAAAAUCUACAGGACAUGAAUAAAGUAUAGUUAUAGAAAAGCAAUAUUGUGAUUAAAUAAAGCAAUUUAGUAGUAAUCACUCUUUAAGUAUAUAGAAAGCAGCCAAAGAUUAGUGA